GGUGAAAAGUAUGACGGUCGAAUGGCUGAUGUCUGGUCGUGCGGUGUCAUCCUCUACGCCCUACUGGUGGGUGCUCUUCCCUUUGAUGAUGAAAAUCUGCGCAAUCUGCUGGAAAAGGUGAAAAAGGGAAGCUUUUUGAUUCCUCCAUUUGUUCCGCCCGAUUGCCAAGCUCUCCUCCGAGCCAUGAUUGAAGUGGAUCCGAAGAAAAGGAUAACCCUCAAGGAUGUCCUUGAACACUCGUGGGUCACCAGUGACCAAGAGCCACCGCUACAAACAGAACUUCCAAUGUCUCAGGCUGUGCAAACCUCCAUCAUUCCAUCUCGCGAGGACGUCGAUCCCGAUAUAUUCUCCACUAUGACCUCCUUGCAGUGCUUUAGAAAUGAGAGUAAACUCUACGAUGCCCUACUUUCACCCUACCACAAUACAGAGAAGGUGAUAUACUUCCUCCUGCUUGAUCGGAAGAUAAGGAGUCCGUGCUAUGAAGAUCCCGAUGAAAUUCGUUCUCGGAGCACUACAGAUCCACCACGCAAACGUAUUGAUAGUUUGCGGAUUGGUCUCAACGGAACUGUGCGCCUCUCGUUGGGGGAUCUGAGCGAGGGUUCCCCACUGGCCGGUCGCCGUGGUCUGGCGGUUCAAAAAUUACGUAAACAAUCAGCUAGCACCAAUCUCGAAACUCGAUCUAGUACGCCUGUUAGUCCAAUCAGCUCACCUCUGAGUUACGUCAGAGGUCAACUGCGGACAUGUGGUUAUGAGACUUGCAGUCCCAUCGAGGAAAUCACCGACCAAUACAAAAAACACAUCAUUUCAUCUCCGACGCGUAACCGUUCGGACGCACCACCGAUUAUGCGGAAGCAUCCAAAUGUGCAUCAGGGUCAGAUUCUCUCCCCAUCCCGCAAUCAGCAUCGGUUCUCACAGAUUCGCCAAACUGCAACUCGAACUCCCACAGACCUGAUCUCUCCAACAGCGGAGAGGAAAGGUCCUGUUGGAAGUCCAAACUCACCGACUCCAAUAUCUGCCGAAGAUGACGUUUUAAGGAAGAUUAUCAGUCCUCAAAGUCUCACACUCAUACCUCGACCCACAGUUGUCUCCGAGGAGAACAAAGAAACUACACCCACAAGGGUGGAUAUUCGCAAUCUCGAGCAAAAGAAACCUUCCAAUGCCAAUGACUCGGAUGCUCGGUCUGCCGAGUUUCCCUCCGGUGUUGCCACCUCUCCACUCUCACCACAACAUUGGCGUGCUCGUCUCAAUAGCCUUCGUAUCAACUUUCUUGGCUCACCACGAUUUCAUCGAAAGAAGACAGCAAUUACAAACACGCCACCAGAAAGUCCGGUCGAGUAUAGCUCCCGACUCACGCUCAAAAAUUCAUCACGACGCGGAUCUACAGCCACUCCUGAGGUCUCGCCCAUCCUCAGUAAUAAGUCAUGGUUUGAUGGAUUCCUGCCUCUCAGUCUGCAUAAUGGAGGUGCCAAGGCAAGUCAUCGGAACAACAACAGUGUCAGCGCAAUCAAGGUACCCGCCACACCGAGUACUGGCCGUCACGUCUUUCGUAGCAGUGUUGGAAGUGGUCACAAGAAGUCCGUCGCCUCACCAUCACCACCACUAACACCGCUACCACAACCGAUAUCACCAGCAAGGAAUCCACCUCGGGCUGUAGUCCAACAACAAGCUCACAUCAACAGAUUGGCUCUGUCCACAAGGAAGGCAAUUGGAGCUACUAAAUCGGGCAUCCCUUUACCCAUUACUGCAGUUAUGCAGUCAAAUGUUUGCAGUGUCCACAGUGGAACAGGACGAGAUUACGGAUGUGCAGUGAAUGCUCUGCCACCAGAGGAGACAAACCAUGUAGCCAUGGUUUUACUCUCAACUCCAGGCGUAGUGCACACCAUCCUUUCGCCAACCAGUUUUCGAGCGGAAUACCAUCGAGCUGGCAGCGGAUCCAGUCUUUUGGCUCGACCAGUAAAAAUGCAGAUUGACAUUGUCCGUGCCUCCACUGGACAAGCAGCUGUCAAUAAUGGCGGCACUCCUGACGGCGCCACUGAUCGAGAAUUGUAUGCUGUCAGCUUUCAGCUCCUUUCUGUGAAACAGCGGUCCUUAGAUAGCGCUACCAGUGGCAACUCAAAGACUGCCCCCGCCACAGUACCAAUUCCAAGCACAAAUGAGGACUGUAGUCAGUGGUCUUUCAUCGAUUCCGAUGCCACAGUCGACGGUGCAGCAAGCAGUAUCAGCACUCUGUGUUCGCAAUUUGAAGCCACAUUGGCUGGGAAUGACUGCCAAUUGGACUCCGUGAUGUCUACCGCCGACACUGACACAUCCAAACCAACCACUGCCGAGAACAGCUGA